CAGUUUAAAAUGGCGACGUUGAGUAGCGUCGAGUCCCCACCGUCCGUCUUCAACGGAGACGCCAUGGACCGGGACCCGGACCGGGAGCAUAGGCUGACCGAACUGGGGACGGGGAUUGAAGCCAUUGGCACUGGGGGGAUCCCUGGGGGAAACCAGGACAUCCCGGAGGAGGUAUGGAAUAUCAAGCAGAUGAUUAAACUGACGCAGGAACAUAUAGAAGCUCUGCUGGAUAAGUUCGGGGGUGAACACAACCCUCCAUCAAUAUACCUUGAGGCUUAUGAGGAGUACACAAGUAAGCUUGACGCCCUGCAGCAGCGUGAGCAGCAGCUAUUGGAGUCCAUGGGAAAUGGCACUGAUUUCCCCAGCCCCACCCUCGCCCCCACCCUAAUUGAUUCCAAGCUAGCAGGUGCGGCAUGCUUCCCUGUGGCGCCCAACACCCUCGCUGUCCUGCAGACCCCCUCCGAUGGAGCCUGGAGUAACCCCAAAUCACCCCAGAAACCUAUAGUCCGUGUCUUUUUGCCCAACAAGCAGAGAACCGUGGUUCCAGCACGCUGCGGGAUGACAGUGCGGGACUCUAUCAAGAAAGCCUUGAUGAUGAGGGGUCUCAUUCCAGAGUGCUGUGCAGUCUACAGAAAACCAGAGGGGGAGAAGAAGCCGAUUGGUUGGGACACAGAUAUUUCCUGGUUGACUGGGGAGGAGCUACACGUGGAGGUGUUAGAAAAUGUGCCGCUAACAACCCACAACUUUGUGCGAAAGACCUUUUUCACUCUGGCUUUCUGUGACUUCUGCCGAAAGCUUCUAUUCCAAGGGUUCCGCUGCCAGACGUGCGGCUACAAGUUCCACCAGCGCUGCAGCACAGAGGUGCCACUCAUGUGUGUCAACUAUGACCAGCUAGACUUGCUGCUGGUUUCCAAGUUUUUCGAACACCACCCAAUCACACAGGAAGAGGUGUGCUCAGAGGGGACCACACCAGUGUCUGAAGUCUGUCCGUCCCCCCCUCCCUCCGAUUCCAGCAGGUCUUUGUGCAACCCCACAACUUCACCUUCAAACUCCAUCCCCAUUCCUCAGUCAUUCCGGCCAGGAGAUGAAGACCAUCGGAACCAGUUUGGACAGAGAGACCGGUCAUCAUCCGCUCCCAAUGUCCACAUCAACACCAUAGAACCGGUCAAUAUUGAUGAUUUGAUUCGAGAUCAAGGGUUACAGAGGUCCGAUGGAGCCCCCCAGAUCCAACCAGCUCGCUGCUUGAAGUUUCGACCCCGGACCACAAGCCCCCUUCUAUACUCCUACCCCAAUGACAUUGUCUUUGAUUUUGAACCUGGUCCUGUAUUUCGAGGCUCAACAACAGGUCUCUCGGCUACACCCCCAGCCUCUCUCCCAGGCUCUUUGACGAACGUGAAAGCGUUGCAGAAAUCACCUGGCCAGCAAAGAGAACGCAAGUCAUCCUCCUCUUCUGAGGACCGCAAUAAAAUGAAAACCCUUGGUCGGCGGGAUUCCAGUGAUGACUGGGAGAUCCCCGAAGGACAAAUCUCUUUGGGUCAGAGGAUCGGCUCGGGAUCAUUUGGAACGGUCUACAAGGGGAAAUGGCAUGGUGAUGUUGCUGUGAAGAUGUUGAAUGUUACUGCUCCCACGCCUCAGCAGUUGCAGGCUUUUAAAAAUGAAGUUGGAGUACUAAGAAAAACGCGGCACGUCAACAUCCUGCUGUUCAUGGGCUACACCACCAAGCCCCAGCUGGCUAUUGUAACGCAAUGGUGUGAGGGCUCGAGCCUCUACCACCACCUCCACAUCAUUGAGACCAAGUUUGAGAUGAUUAAACUCAUUGACAUUGCACGGCAGACAGCACAAGGAAUGGACUAUUUGCACGCAAAAUCCAUCAUCCACAGAGACCUCAAGAGCAACAAUAUUUUCCUACAUGAAGACCUGACGGUGAAGAUUGGUGAUUUUGGGCUGGCGACUGUGAAAUCGCGGUGGAGUGGCUCUCACCAGUUUGAGCAGCUCUCUGGAUCAAUCCUUUGGAUGGCACCAGAAGUCAUCCGCAUGCAGGAUAAGAAUCCGUACAGCUUUCAGUCUGAUGUGUACGCCUUCGGUAUCGUGCUAUAUGAGUUAAUGUCAGGACAGCUCCCCUACUCCAACAUUAACAAUCGGGAUCAGAUCAUUUUCAUGGUAGGACGGGGGUACCUCUCCGCAGACCUGAGUAAAGUGCGCAGUAACUGUCCCAAGGCAAUGAAGAGACUAAUGGCAGACUGCUUAAAGAAAAAACGAGAGGAGAGGCCACUGUUUCCACAGCUACUGGCCUCCAUAGAACUACUGGCUCGAUCCUUACCCAAAAUCCACCGCAGCGCAUCUGAGCCAUCGCUGAACCGGGCAGGGUUCCAGACGGAGGACUUCAGCCUGUAUGCCUGCGCCUCCCCCAAAACACCCAUCCAGGGAGGGGGCUAUGGAGAGUUUGCAGCCUUUAAGUAGCAGAGCAGAUUCCGCCAGUACAUCCCUUGUCACUUUUUAAAGUCUUGUGUUCCUACAGUGGGUUCAUCCAUUUAAAAUUAAUUCCAAGAAUGUGCUGUUCUCUUCCUCUCGACCUGAUGAAGAACCCUGCUGGAACUGCAAACAAGAACAAAAAACUUUCUGAAGAGGAAUCACAAUUGGGAAAAAAAUAAAUAAAUAAAUAAAUAAAUAAAAUGAAGUCAACAACAACAAAAAAUCAAACAAGCAAAUCAGUGGAAGAAGCCUGUUUGGAGCCAGACGUGCCGGUUUCCCUUCAGAAAAUCUGAAAAAAAUGGUGGAGAGACUGAGGCAUAGAAAGGAAGGAAAGCAAGAUGGAAAGGUGUUCGGACCACAACAGUUUGAGAGAAGCUGCCUCCCAUCUGGGGGUGCAGGGUGGCGAAGUAGGGUCUUGUUCUUAGAUCCGCAAUUUGGCGUUUGGCAGCAAUUAGAAGAUGGUGCCAAACGCUGGCUGCUGAAUGGACGGAAUCAGUCGACAGGCCUGCAUCGUAAUCAAAUCCCUGCGUUGGUGGUUCACAGAGUGGGGAUCUGUUUUCAAUAAUUAUUUAUUUGGGGGUGGGGGUUGAUGAGGGGUGUUGGUUUGCUUCUUUUUGUUUUGAAGAGAGAUGAUCCCUAAAGACUUUUUCACUUGAGAAAUGAAAUUCCUGAAUCCUGUAAAACAAGGAAAAAUAAAAUAAUAAUCCCAGUCCAUUCCACAAUAGGUACAUUUGAGUAAUAGAAUUAGCAAGUUCUCAAGGUUUACCCUGUGCUAGGCAAGCACACUAUGGAUCAUUUCCAGACUUUUGCUCUCCUUUUUAGGCCCUCCUAAAAAGGAGGCUGUCGCAUCCUCCCGGCCUACCUGAUGGACUCUGCCGCCAUCCUUCAGCCACAUUGGCAUGUGCUCUGGAAGUGAACUGAGCAAGCUCUCAUUCAUUGGUGGUGGUUGUGCUUUUUUUGUUUUUGUGUGUUAUUUUCAAAUGUGUGUCUAAUUUAACAUUCCAAGAAUAUUAUUAUUAUUAUUAUUUAUUGCUAUUAUUUCUGGACAGGCAGGCCUGUAAAGCUGGAAUUAUUUAUCUAACUUUUUUUUUUUUUUUAAACAAUCUACAUGUCAACUAGAUAAGGCAUGUGAAUGAACUCUACAAAGAAUUCAGUCUGUGGAAUGGAGAAGCUUGCAUUCCUGGUUGUGUUCUCCCCUUGAUUGUCUGCAUCCCUCUAUUAGAGAGAAGGCGAGCAAGAGGGCUGGGGCAGCCCAAAGUAUUUUUUUACAACCCCUCCUUCACUUCUAGUCUUGUUCCAGUACAUGGCAGUCCUAAGCCCUGGCUAACAUAACAAUGUUUAUAAGUUAACCUGAGGAAGGCCUGGUCUUUUGCUGCUCACGUAGCUUAAAACCAGAAAAUAAAAUGGGGUUCUGGGCUGUGCGGAUGGGUGUCUUUUUGUUUUGAAUGAAUGCAUUCCCCGUGGUGUUCUGGGCUGUGCGGAUGGGUGUCUCUUUGUUUUGAAUGAAUGCAUUCCCCGUGGUGUUCUGGGCUGUGUGGAUGGGUGUCUUUCUUUUUUGGAGGGGGGAGUAGGUCUUUGUUAGGAGGUGGAGGGAAAUAAAGUUGUUGAUUUGAAAAAUUUAACUACUCCCUUUUGGUUUCAGUGACGAUAUUACAAAUACUGAAAUGUGUACGUUUUGUAGGGAAUGUAUUUAGUUUAUUUGAAAGAUUAGGGACUGAUAGUACUUUUGAACUCUCCGCACAGGUUUCUUUAGGAACUGGCAGCAGUAGAGACUGAAGCCCUUUAUCAAUCCACAGUGAAGCUACAGCACAACAGAUGAAAUGCUUGUGGAAAACGAGGGAUUGAAGCCCCUUGACGAUUUUUUUUAGAAUGGAUUUACCACAGACUAGACUUCUGUGAAGAAAGAUUUGAAUAUUGGUCUCCUGUAGAAAGCUGGAGUUUAGACCACAUAUCUCUAAUAAAAUAAUAAAUGACAGUGAAGUACAAGUGAUGUCAGGGUGGGGUUGACACCUGCCAUAGACACUAGCAUAAGGGUGUAGUGCCAAGACAGCACUGAUUCACAUUGAGUUUUCAAAGGGAUGAAAUAGUUCUAGAUUGAUGCAUGACAAUUCUUCAAUGAUUACCAGCACUAAUUAUUUAAUAGAAGGUGGGUAGCAACCCUGUUCCUCAUAGACUACCCCCCUUAAGUUACUCCACGCUGUUCACCAGUCAUAAUGCUUAAGCCUUCCUUUCUGCAGUCUUGGAUACAAAUGUACCUGUGAACAAAGCAUUUACUUUCAGCCCACUGUCAGUCUGUCAGGCCUUGUGUCUUUUGCAUUAUGUCUGAAACUGACUUGCUUUAGGGAGAUGCAUCUUUUAUAUAUUAAAUAUGUCAGCCAUUCUAUUUGCAGUUAUGUGCUAUGUAUUGCUGGUGUUUCUUGUGUUAUAUUGUGUUUAAGAUGUUGUUAACACAUAGAGUCCCCCCAGGUUUUAUGAAAAAAAAGUUAAUAGAGAAUGCCAUCAGUUGUUAAAGGGAGAAAACUGAAACUAAGCAUGAAGAGAAGGUGAAAUCAACUGAAAGGGAAACAGUAGUUCAUGUAGAGAAAGGCUAUACCGUAUAUACACUUGCGCCUGCUUUGCUGGUGUUCAUCUGAUUUCUAUCUUAAAUAACAGCAGAAACCUGUUAGAGCUGUGAAACUGCUACUGUUCUUUCAGGAAGUCUGUUUUGCUAUCACAGUAUAUUUUCAGACAUUUGGUAGCUCUCAAGCAAUGUAGAGUUAUGUACCAUCUUUGCUUCUCUUACUAUAGGUAACUCAACCUUAAUCCAUUCCAAUGGUGCUUCUUUUGCAGUUCUACAUUUCAAUGUGCAUUCUAUAACCACAGCCUGUUUUUAGAAUAAAAUACCCAAUUUGGAAAUAAGAGUAAGUGGGCUUUUAUUAUGUGUAAUCUUUUGGAUGGCUAUUACUGUAAGUAGCAUAAACUGUCAAGUGCAUCAUUUGGAGCAAGCAAUGUUUUUGUUUUACUUGAACAAACACUAGAAAUGCUCAUUUGCAAAUUAAAGAAAAAGAAAAGUAUCAAAUUUUCAUUUGGAGCAUACAUGUAUAAAAACUAUUUUAUUCAAACAAGAAGACAGGGUCUAAGGGUUUAAAAAAAAAAACAACAAACCUAGUAGCCAGGUAUUCUUUCAGACAAUUUCAAGACCUUGCAUUAAAAAUACCCCAUACCCCUGGAGAGCUGUUGUGUACAGCAGGUAUCCUGCUGUCACAGCUUCUUGUUGUAUUGUAAACUCUGAACACUUACAUUAACCAGUGUCAGUGAAAUGAAUUGAAUCUGGUUAGGAUACUUUUAACAAAAAGGUUUCUGGUUUAAUGUUAUUUAAACCAUACUUAAGUCUGUACCCACUCUUGACCCACCAGUCCUGGAGUGUGCAUAUGAAACACACUUGUCUUAUAACUAUUCCUGGAAAUAUGUUGCUUUUGCUUAUGAUAAGCAAGCAAGGCAAUAAAGACAAGCAAAGCAUCUCUGAACACAGUUAUACUGUUACACUUGGGUUUGUCAUUGUUCAGUUAGUGUACCAUACAUUGAAACUAAUGAAUGAUUGAUAGAAAUAAGAAGUUUAAUUUGAAAGUUGAAGUAAAUCCAUGUGAGCUACCAAAUGUAUAUGUGAUGAAGUGGUUACUGCUGGGCAAUAGCAUUUUGUAAGUAAAUACUUUUCAUUUCUAGAUCAGAAUAACCAACGCUGCAAGUUUAAGGUCUUAAAAGCAUAGCAGCGGUUACAAUUUAUUUUCCCACCAUGAAUAGACUUCAGCAGUGUUUUCACUGUCGCAUCGAUUUAUUGUUUAGUUGAUCUUUUUUCAUUUAAGGAAUACCUUUGUGGUACUAAAGAGAAACCCCCACUUCCAAGUCAGUCUGUAGGUAUUCAGGCCUCCCUCAGUGUGUGUGUGUGUUGUGUACUCUGCCUAGAAAUGAAAACACAGGGACUCUUAAUAGUUACAGAUCAACAUGGAGGAGAGGGCUGGUCUAUAGUAUUGAAGCUUCUGAGACUUUUGAAAGUGAAGAAGUUGACUAGGACAUGAGAAGUUCCACACAAUAAUGAGGGGAGUACUGUAAUCUCACUGAAGCAAAUGAGGAUGAAAAUAUAGACUUUAACAGACUUGCGGUUAAAGAAACGUGAUACAGUAGUUCCCACUGUGGAUGUGUGUGUCUAUCUAUAUCUAUAUCUAUAU